GGCCGGGAGAGGCUGGCGCGCCGGGCGGCCCCGCGAAUCCUCCGGCAUCCGCCCCGGCGGGCCGCCCCCGCCCGCGGCAGCCCCCCGAACAGCGGCCCGGCACCGGCGCCUUCCCGGAGGGCGAGAGUGAAUCAUGGAGCUACGCGUGGGAAACAAGUACCGCCUGGGACGAAAGAUCGGGAGUGGGUCCUUUGGAGACAUCUACCUGGGUGCCAACAUCGCCUCUGGUGAAGAGGUGGCCAUCAAGCUGGAGUGUGUGAAGACGAAGCACCCGCAGCUGCACAUCGAGAGCAAGUUCUACAAGAUGAUGCAGGGAGGAGUGGGGAUCCCGUCCAUCAAGUGGUGCGGGGCGGAGGGCGACUACAACGUGAUGGUCAUGGAACUGCUGGGGCCCAGCCUGGAGGACCUCUUCAACUUCUGCUCCCGCAAGUUCAGCCUCAAGACGGUGCUGCUCCUGGCGGACCAGAUGAUCAGCCGCAUCGAGUACAUCCACUCCAAGAACUUCAUCCACCGCGACGUCAAGCCCGACAACUUCCUCAUGGGCCUGGGGAAGAAAGGCAACUUGGUGUACAUCAUUGACUUUGGCCUGGCCAAGAAGUACCGGGAUGCCCGCACCCACCAGCACAUCCCCUACCGGGAAAACAAGAACCUGACUGGCACGGCCCGCUAUGCCUCCAUCAACACGCACCUGGGCAUCGAGCAAAGCCGUCGCGAUGACCUGGAGAGUCUGGGCUACGUGCUCAUGUACUUCAACCUGGGCUCCCUGCCCUGGCAGGGUCUCAAAGCAGCCACCAAGCGCCAGAAGUAUGAGCGGAUCAGCGAGAAGAAGAUGUCAACGCCCAUUGAGGUCCUCUGCAAAGGCUACCCCUCCGAGUUCUCCACAUACCUCAACUUCUGCCGCUCCCUGCGGUUCGACGACAAGCCCGACUACUCCUACCUGCGCCAGCUCUUCCGCAACCUCUUCCACCGGCAGGGCUUUUCCUACGACUACGUCUUCGACUGGAACAUGCUCAAAUUCAUGCGGCCCCCCUCACGCCAGCCCCCUGCCCUUCCCUGUGGACGGCCCCGGGACCAGCUAGGGUGCAGCCCGGAACCCCGAGGAUGUGGACCGAGAGCGGAGAGAGCACGAACGCGAGGAGAGGAUGGGGCAGCUGCGGGGAUCCACAACCCGGGCCCUUCCCCCUGGCCCACCCACGGGGGCCACUGCCAACCGGCUCCGAAGUGCUGCCGAGCCUGUGGCCUCCACCCCCGCCUCCCGCAUCCAGCAAGCUGGCAAUACUUCUCCCAGAGCGAUCUCACGGGUGGACCGGGAGAGGAAGGUGAGCAUGCGGCUGCACAGGGGCGCGCCCGCCAACGUCUCGUCCUCGGACCUCACUGGGCGACAGGAGGUCUCCCGGAUUUCAGCCUCACAGACAAGCGUGCCAUUUGACCACCUCGGGAAGUGAGGAGAGCCAUCGCUGGACCAGUGUUCGCUUAGUGUCUUCACUGUAUUUUCUUUAAAAAAACACAAAAAGAUGGAAAAAAAACCACUCAAAUGAACAAAAAGAAAAAACCCAGCACAAAACCGACGAUGGAUCUUGUUUCUUUGAUUUAUUUUGCCAACGGCAAAAAGAUGGGAUGCCCUUAGCACUGAGGACCGUGUCCCCUUGCACUGCCCGCUGUCCCCAGCCUUCAGGCUGCCAAAUGCUCCCCAACAACACCGGCUCACACCAGCCAGAUGCCAAGGCCCCACUUCAGCCACCUGUUCCUGCCACCACCAUCCGCCUGCCGGGAGGGCGCCCCUCGGUGUGGGAGAGCAGCCAGCAGGGACGCCGGGAGCCCAGUCGAAGGCAGCCAGUCAAAGGCGGGUUCCACCGGGCUCCCUGAGCCUUGGAACCAAGGAGAUGCGCACAGUCCCUGUCCCUCUGAGCUGACAGUGGCCAACUUUCUAUGCUGGACUUUCCAGCAUCCCCCUGAGCAUUUGGGUCCUUCCUUUGUCUCUCCAUGAAGCCUUGAGUGAGGUGGUGGCCACUAUUGCCUUGUGUGUAUGUGUGCGUGCGCGUAUUUGACCUGUGUCCCAGAGCAGCGAUGCCCCGUCCCCACCUGCCAGGCUGAGUUUGUUAUCCCCGUGGAAGGGAUGUGGGGGUGGACAGUGGCCUCCACAUCCCUCAGGGCACAGCGGGUCCUUGCCACCACCAGUCCCCAAAUGCCAGCCUGUGGCGGUCCCAUCUUCCAUUCCUGCCUGGUCUGGGGCAGAGACUGUGGAGACUACUCCCAGCCAGCACCUGCUCUGGGUUAUCAGCUACUUCUCUGGUCCUGACAGUCACCUGGGGUCCCCCUCCCCUGGGCCCUGCCUUCUGGGGAGGAGCCUGGGGUCAGGGCUAAGUGUUGGAUUUUCCAUCCUUCCUAGUUAACACCUGUUUUUGUUUAUUAUUUUAUUUUUGUUUGUUUUCUCCAUGUGUGUAUUUCCUAAUUUAUUUACCUCUGUUUCCCCUUUUCCUUUUUUUUUUUUUUUUUAAUUAAAGAGCAAAGGUUUUUAUUACUUUGUAAUUUAAAAAAUUGAAAAAAAUACUGAAGAACUUUGGGGGGAAUUUUGUACUUUUUUCCUGUGUAAAUAUCGGACUUUUUUGAGCUUUAUUGUGGUUGUUAAUUUGAAGUAAUAAAGUAGAAGAGGAUACCGUG